UCACAAUCAGUUCUGUGGCUCGCGUUCCUCUCAACGCAACCAUGAAAAAAAUUGCCUUUCUGACCGCUUUUUUGGAGAUGCUCUUCGCGAUGGGAACCGGCGCCAGUGUCCAACCACAGAAAAACUUUGACCUCCAAAGGUUUGCAGGGAAGUGGUAUCGGGUCGGGCUCGCCUAUGAUUCUCCAGGCUUUAUUCCAUAUAGAAGCAAACUCACCAUCUCUAUGGGCAUCGUGGAACCAAAGGAAAAUGGCGAUGUGAACAUGACAAUGUGGACUUCAAAGACUUCUGGCUGUCAGCGUAAGGUCUACAUUUAUGAGAAGUCUUCUGUGCCUGGUGUAUUUAACUACUACAGUACUCGUCAUAAAAGGGUAAAGGAUGUUACAGUGGUGGAGACGAACUACACGGAGUAUGCAAUGGUCUUCAAACACAAGAAGUUUAACAAGGAGUACACACAAGUGGCUCUUUAUGGUCGUACUAAGAGGUUAAGAGCCGAUCUGAUGGAGAAGUUCAGAGCGUACGCCAAAGCACGAGGCUUCUCCAGAGAAUCCAUACUGACUCCACCACCUGCUGAAAACUGUCCUUCAUCAGGAAAAUAGUUCCUGUUCUCUUACCUGCUGCACACAGCCUGAGCUUCACAACAAUGCAUCACAUAAUAUCAAUAGAUUUCUCUGAUGCUAUUUCUAUGCUGUUCUGUGUAAUCAUGCUUACCUUUAAUUGCCUUAUUUCAUAUAAUGAAGCAGAAUGUGUUCUUUAAUUCUCUUGUGGCAUAGAUCCUUUCAAUUAAGAGGGUUUGUCUAAAAUUUCUUAGUUUGCAUAAACAUGUUUUUUCUAUGUGUUAAGUACUGUACAGUUAAGAUCGAAAGUCUGAAAUAGAAUCUUCAAUGUCUCAAAUGAGUUUAUAUUUUGUGAAACACAAGUUCUGGUCACAAUAAAAAUAUAUAUAUUUCAA